AUGGCUGAGUGCGAUUCAUUAACACGAUUAAAUACAAAUGCUCAACUAUCAGCAGAUGAAAAACGUCCAUCAUCACGUCCAUCCAUGGAUAUAAAAUAUGCAUUGCUCGUUAUAUCAGUUUCAUUUACUUUGUUAGCACUUGUGUUCUCUAUAACUGCAUUAUUAUUACCGUAUUGGAAACUUAUUCGUUUGGGCGAUAACAGAUUUGAUUACAGUUCCAUUGAUUCAUUAAUUCGUACACCAGUAAAGCGGUUUUUUGAUUCAAUGUACCAUAUCACAUCGUCGAAGUCAUCAACUGAUCUAACUGGACUUGUGCAACCAGCCAGAUGUGGCCAUAAUUAUAUUCCAAAGUUUAAUGCUAAUGAUUUCAAAAACCGUUAG